AUGUGUAGAGAAAAAGAUUCUUGUUGCCUGCCACAUGAUUGCAGACUGAAACCUACAGCUACGUGCAGUGACCUUCAUCACUCCUGUUGUAAAGAUUGUCAGUUCAAGAAACAAGGCACACUAUGCAGAGCUGUCAAAACAGACUGUGAUGUUCCUGAAUACUGUCCUGGAGACUCUAGAGAUUGCCCUGCCGAUGAGUCCAUGCAAGAUGGAAUACCGUGCAAUCGUACAAACAAGUUGAUUCUAGGCAAUACUAACGGCAGGGGUGUAGCUGUAAAACAAAUUAAUCCCAUCGAGKCACGUUACGUACGUAUUAACCCACAAUACUGGUACAAAUGGAUCUGCAUGAGAACUGAACUGUACGGAUGUACUGCUGAUGAAGUAAAUCCGAAUGUCGCUACAACACUGAAACCAUUUGACGACCAUUGCAUCGUCCCAGCAGACGAGACUUGCAAACUCCAAGAAAACAAUGAGAUYAUUUUUCGAUCUCAUGACAAAUGCGAUCAAAAAUACCAGGAAUUUCGACUGGACGCUAACGGAGUCCUAUGGCAUGAGUGUAGUCAACGUCGUGUUUGUCCAGAGAGUGAAACACCAUCCAACAGCGAUAGACUGGUGAUCAGUAGCACGUGCAAGGACGAUAAUUCCAAGUUUGUGAGAACACCAGGAAACUCCUUAAAACAUGUCAAGAGCGGCAAGUGUAUCCAUCCAAGAGGGGGCAGGCCUGGUGAUGGUCGUAAACUUGUACUCUACGAUGGAUGUGACGUAACUCGGCUUGAAAUAUGGUUUAUCAAACCUGAUUGUAUUCGUCCGCUUGGUAUUCAAGACGGAACAAUAAGCGACAGUCAGAUUACCGCUACGUCUUACAGAUCAAACGACAAACCAUUCUACGCACGGCUGCAUAAUGGAAGCUACUGGUGUACUCGACACAAUGAUAAAAACCAACAUCUACAGAUCGAUCUUGGCAAGACGAUGAGGAUAACAAGAGUUGCAACUCAAGGGCGUGGCACCUGGUGGUAUGAUUGGGUGACGGGAUACUAUCUGUCCUACAGUCAAGAUGGUCAGCGGUGGACAGGAUACAGUGAAAGUGGUGAUAAGAAUCACUCAAAUUCGUACUGCUAUCUUGGAAAGUGCGCCGAAACACGUGACACUGAGUGCAGAGAUCUCUGGGGACCGGCCACUGAUAGUGCUUCUCAAGCAUGCUGGAAUACCCUUAACACAGAGGCUAAAGGUUAUGGAACCUGUGACGCGGCGUCCAACUCAACCUGUGCCAUAGAGGAUGUGUUUUGCGGUCAACUUCAAUGCUCAUCCCAAGCAAACAGGCCGGUAAUUGACUACGGACAAAGCUACAAGAAGAUUGUAAUGCAAGACUCCUCCAAAUGCAGUGGAGCUAUUCUUAAGCAGACAGACAAUGUCGGUCAGGGAAUGGUUAGGGAUGGUACGAAAUGCGGCGAUAAGAAGAUGUGCAUGAAGUCAAAAUGCAGGACUUUUCAAGAGUUAAAUAUCAAAUCCUGUCCAGUAAUCGACGGCUAUGAAUGCAGUGGAAGAGGG